GACAACAACAAAACAUUGUAUAAUCGUGGUGCGUGGUUUUAUCGCUACAAAUUAGUUGAUGAUUGCUCAAAAUGCUUCAACACCGGCACGUUAAAGGAGUUGCAUCUCUCGCGCGUAGCUUCAGCCGUAUCGCUCUCAAAGAUGGAUCCCCCCGUACGAUGGUACCGCUUGCUGUACUGAAAAACACGACCUGCUUGGAAAAUGCCACCACCCAUCUGCAAUCCGACCCGAUGUGCAUUAGACUGAAUCAAUUCCGGUCCUCGAUUGGAAGCGUAGAAAUUGGUAACAGCAUUCGAAGGUCCCCGCUGAUACCGUUGAAAGAAAUCAUCGACAUUCCGCUGGUGUCACGAAUCAUCGAAGCUCCUGUACAGCGCCCCGACACGCUAGCACCUAUAGGAGAUAAUCUAACGUUGAUUCCGACGUUGGACCUCCCUACCGGGACCGUUUCGCCAGAUGAGAACGGUAAACAAGCAGCACGGCUGAUAGUCAUCCGGAGACGCAAAAUGCGUAAGCAUAAGCUGAAGAAGCUUCGCAAACGCAUGAAGUUCGAGUGGUUAAAGAUACGACAAAGGCGAGAACUUAAGAAGGAGAAACUCUUCCAAGCCGAGCUCAUAAAUCAGAUCAAAGAUGCGGAAAAGUUUUCCGCCGAAGCGUACGUUGCUAACAAGCUGCGGCAGGCGACGGAAGUUCCGUUUCCCCGUUUUUGGAAAGGCAAGCGGUUGCCGCAGUUCCUUAUCAAACAAAAAUUAGGCAUGGAAUAGCCGGCGCCCUUAUGGCAGUAGUAUAGUGGAUUAAGUAUUUCAUACGUGAAAUAUCAAGCAUUGUG